AUGGGUGGAGUAACUAAGAAAAAGGAAUAGUGACAUAAAAGAAUACUGAUAUAUAAGAGCGAAAUUUUUUUUACACUUUUUUAAAAUUGUGAAAUCCAAACUAAUUUUCCAAACAUGCAUUCUCUCGCAAAAAAUAGUUUUUUAAUGAAAAAAAGCUUUUCUAAAUAUGGUAUGUUGAAUCACUUUGCAAUAUAAAUGUAAAAAACAAGAAAAAAUACGAGAUUCGUAAACGAUUUUUAAUUAUUUAGAUAAAAUACAAAGUUUAAAAUAAAAAUUACUUAAUCAUUUUUAUAUUAAUUGAUUUUUUAUGACUACUAGUGUAUUAUACAAUAUAAUGACGUUUUGUUAACAAAUAUCUAAUCAAUAAAUUUAUUUAAAAUCCUUAGUAUUAAAUUUCUUUAUACUAAUACUUUUGUACUAAUGCUUAUUAUUAUACAUAUACAUAUUUAUUUAUUAAUUAAUAUAUACAAUAUAAUAUGGAUAUAAUUAGUUUUAAAUCUAAAAUAUUACUCCAGGUUCUUGUAUUUACUUUAGGUUCUGCAAUAAAUAAUUUAAGAUCAAACAAGUUUUAUGCAACUAAAAGCAAUCAUGCUAAAAAUAUUGUAUAUAUUGAUGGUGUAAGAACACCAUUUUUGCAAUCCGGAACAAGUUAUAAGAACUUGAUGGCAUACGAUUUAGCUAGACAGUCAUUAGUGGCCUUGCAGAAUAAAAUUAAAUUUCCUAAAGAAAUUAUUGAAUACAUUAUUUAUGGAACGGUAAUGCAAGAAGUAAGAACCUCAAAUAUUGCUAGGGAAGCAGCUUUAGCAGCAGGAUACAGUGAUCGUACUCCUGCACAUACUGUAACUAUGGCAUGCAUCAGUAGUAAUCAAGCUCUUACAACUGGUAUGGGUUUGAUUGCAUGUGGUGUGUAUGAGGCAAUCAUUGCAGGUGGAGUGGAAUUCAUGUCAGAUAUACCAAUUAGACAUAGUAGACGCAUGAGAUCAUUGAUGUUACAAGCUAAUAAGGCAAAAACAGUUGGGCAAAAAUUACAACUCCUUGCUAGCAUUAGACCAUCACAUUUUAUACCAGAUUUACCUGCAGUAGCAGAAUUUUCUAGUAAUGAAACAAUGGGACAUAGCGGUGAUAGAUUAGCAGCUGCAUUUGGAAUUUCAAGAGAAGAACAAGAUGAAUAUGCUUUACGUUCACAUACUUUAGCUGCUAAAGCACAACAACAGGGACAUCUUACAGAUGUAGUUCCUUAUAAAGUUCCAAAUGAAAAUAGAGUAGUAGAUAAAGACAAUGGAAUUCGUGUUUCAACACCUGAACAAUUAGCAAAAUUAAAACCAGCAUUUGUUAAACCAUAUGGAGGAGUUACCGCUGCUAAUUCAUCUUUUUUAACUGAUGGAGCAUCAGCGGCUUUGAUAAUGACAGAAGAAAAAGCUCUUCAAUUUGGUCUUACUCCAAAAGCAUAUUUAAGAAAUUUCAUUUAUGUUUCCCAAGAUCCUGUUGAUCAGUUACUCUUAGGUCCAACCUACGCUAUACCACAGGUAUUGCAAAAAGCAAAAUUGAGUAUUAAGGAUAUUGGAGUAUGGGAAAUACAUGAAGCUUUUGCUGGACAAAUUUUAGCUAAUUUAAAAGCAUUAGAUUCUGAUUGGUUUGCACAAAAUUAUUUAGGAAGAUCUUCAAAAGUAGGAAUACCAGAUCUUAAUAAGUGGAAUGCAUGGGGUGGAUCUUUGUCAAUUGGUCAUCCAUUUGCAGCAACUGGUGUUCGAUUAGCUACACAUACCGCGAAUCGACUAAUUAAAGAAAAUCAACAAUUUGGAUUAAUUGCAGCUUGUGCAGCUGGAGGACAGGUAGUAUAUAAUAUAAAAAAAUAUCCUAUAUUUAUAUUAAAUAAAUUUAUUUUAAUUACAGGGUGUUGGUAUGAUCAUGGAAAGAUAUCCUGGUGCUAAUAUUUAA